CUGUCUUUCAACAACUUCUUUGCCUCUACACGUCCACCUCGACUGACAUCUCUGCCCAAACUCUUUGUCUUUAAAUAUGUCUGCUUGUGUCUGUAUGUGUGGAUGGAUAUGUGUGUGUGUGCGAGUGUAUACCUGUCCUUUUUUCCCCCUAAGGUAAGUCUUUCUGCUCCCGGGACUGGAAUGACUCCUUACCCUCUCCCUUAAAACCCACAUCCUUUCAUCUUUCCCUCUCCUUCCCUCUUUCCUGAUGAGGCAACCGUUGGUUGCGAAAGCUAGAAUUUUGUGUGUAUGUUUGUGUUUGUUUGUGUGUCUAUCGACCUGCCAGCACUUUCGUUCGGAAUCUGCAGGAGAGAUAGAUGCAGCAGCAGUGGAUAGCGAAGUGGAUAUCAAGGAAGAACCAGUUCUUCAGCAGAAUGCAAGUUCGGUAAAGUUAUUUUGAGGGAAAAGUUUUUUACUUGCCCCGACACCUGCGACCUUCCGUGAUGUUCCGCAGAAACGCUAGUUGGUUCAUCCGCAUUUUUGUGGCGGUGGUCAUGUGUAGUGGCUACAGUCGCCCAGUUUCCGUUACAGAAGCCCUAACAGUGGGACGAGUUCAUGAGGCUGAGGAGGCCACGGCCGUGGAUCUGGGUGCCGUGCUGGACGCCGGGGACGGCGCUGUGGUGACUCUGCUGGCCGGGGACAAUACGCAGCUGGUGGCUCACAGGGCUGUCUUGGCCGCCAGGAGCGCCGUGUUUGCGGGCAUGCUCCGCCGUCUCACCUUAGAGGCCAGCAGCAGCCAGCUCGCACUCUCCGACAUAGAGGGCCCCGUGCUGCGCCAGGUGCUGGCACACCUCUACACCCUCCAGCCCCCACAGCUGCCCAGCAUGGCGCCACAGCUGUUGGUCGCCGCUGACCAAUACGGCUUGUCAGUACUGAAGGUGCAGUGCGAGCAACAGGUGGCCGCACAGCUGUCUGUCGAGACUGCAUCAGCCACAGGUGUUCUCGCGAUUAGGCACUCCGCUAACACGCUGAAGCAGGCUGCCGUCGCCUUCAUAAAGGCCCACUUGCUCAGUGUGAUGGCGACGCAGGGCUGGGAUGAGGCUGUAGUCAACGACCCACAAACUGUUGUGGGGUUGGUUCACCUGAUUGCAGAGACACCGACAGACGCCAGGUAAGCGUGAGACAAGCUGCUCAUCUAUGUUACACAGCUCUAAGUGUGCGUACU